GUGAGCCGAGCCGCCGCCAUGUCGCGGCCCUGAGCGCGGCCGCCAUGCGGUGUGGCGGCGCAGCGGCGCCCGGCGCCGGCUCCCUCCCGCUCCUCCGCCGCCGCCUGCUUCUGCCGCGGGGGCUCCUGCUUCUGCUCGGUGCCUGCAAUGCCCUGGGCCUGGAAAUCACCACCAGUCCCAAAGUGACAGCCUUCAUUGGUGAACAAGUCUUGCUGAAAUGCUCCUUCAAAUCCACUUCUCCCAUCACUGAGAACCUGAUGGUGGACUGGACUUACAGGCCCCUCGCUGGUGGGCAGAUGGAGACAAUUUUUCACUAUCAGUCUGUUCCAUACCCAGCAACCAUGGGGAAGUUCAAAGACAGGAUAUCCUGGCUUGGGAAUGUUGCCCAGGGUGAUGCUUCCAUUGCCAUCCAAAACCCAGUGCUGAGUGACAAUGGGACCUUUAUCUGCAGCGUGAAGAACCCUCCAGACGUGUACCACAACAUCCCCCAGACAGUGCUGCUGGUCACAGAGAGGGGCCUUUCCUUCCAGCUCACCUCAGCAGUGCUGCUGGCCAUUUUAGUCUUCCUGCCUUCCCUCCUCGUGGUGCUGCUGCUGUUGGUAAGGAUGGGAAGGAACUUUGGAGUGCUCAAGGAGAAAAAAAAGCCUGGCUGUAAGAAAUCCUCCAUCGAAGUGUCUGAUGAGUCUGAACAGCCAGAGAGACACAACUGCUUGGGGAAGCUCAAAACCUGGUGCCUGAACUGUGUGGACACAGAUGAGGAAGAUCCCUACUGAUGAAAGGUCAAAGCUGUGGAUACCAGAACAAAGUGACAGCACUGCAAGUCAUGGCUGGCUGGGAAUGGAUGCUGCUGGAAUACCAGUGCAGACUGAAGGACCUGCUCUGAUCUUGGUGGACUGGCAGAAGACUGCUGAUGGAAUCCUUCACUUUUACUCAAGCACAAAACAACCAUUUGGGAAAUCUUUCUGACAGACUGGGGAAAAGAAAACCCCAGAAUCUCUUAACCAGUGCCUGCAGAAGAAACCUCAGUGCCUGCAGCUGUGUUUGCUGCCAGCAGGCCCACAGGGCAUCUUUCUGAGUUGACUUGCAAACCUCUUUCCAUUAUGAUUGGUGAAUUCCCUCUUUUCUGUGCCCUUGGAUUUGAAUUGCCUGAAGCUGCAGAGCAGUGCCAGCUCCCAGCAGUGGUCAGCACUGGGCACUGCCAACGUUUUCCUCUCUUCUUUUUGGGUACAGCUGGAUCAGGUUGGUGUGUGGCAUCCUUUGGCUCGGAGCAAAGAGAGCCUCCUGCUUUUUAGCUGCUGCUUGGUUUCCUCUGCCACUUCACUCCAGGAUCACUGUGCUGUUCCUGCUGUGUCACCAGCUGCACACUGCUGUCACCAAGCUCCAUCUUUCCUGCUCUGUUUCAGCUGGCCACCAGUUCCAUCUCUCUCUCCAUGCAGAAGUGAAGCACAAUUCACAUCAAACUCAUUUGGUUUUGCAGUCAGAAAUGGGGACUCUGUACCUGGGGACACAUAACCCCAUCUACCUCAGCCACUGCCUCCCACAGUGUCCAAAGGAGUUUUCCAUGGGCAGCAGCAAUCCUGUUCCUCCUCUCUUCUUUCUGAGUGCCAUUCUAGGGAAAACAGCUGAUGGUGCUUCAGUUCUGCCUGGGAAAAGGGAGUGGUUCCUGCUCCAGCAAUGGGCAGCAGAGAGCAGUGGGGUUCACUGCUCUGAGCAGCUGCUGUUUCCUGCUGACCAGCACUUGUCAGGCUCCUCUCACACGUGGUCCAAGUUUACUGUUGCCUUUGAUGUGCCCUUACCAAUAAAUUGCUCUGGUUCA